AUGUCACUGCGCAAGCAAACCUCAAUCCUCGACAAUCCCCCAAGUAGUCAUAACGCCGUCAUCACUUACGCCAUCUCGCGCCAAGCCAAGCGCCUCAACAUCCAGUGUCGAUCUGAUUCCAUGGCGACCGUGAGCCAGCGUCGCGUAUACAAAUUCGGCGAUCGCGUGAUCUACGAGUGGGAGCAGUCGCUAGAGGAGGUGAACGUCUUUAUUACACCUCCUGAAGGCGUGACAGCGCCACAAAUUCAAUGCGAGAUUAGUGUGAACCACGUGACCUUGGGCCUCCGUGGCGUCUCGGACAAGUUUAUCAACCACGAUCUGGCGAGCUCUGUGGUUGUGGCAGAGAGCUACUGGAUGCUGGACGCGGGAGAGCUAAACAUCAACCUCCAGAAGAUGAAAAAGGGGUUCAUUUGGCCGAGCGUCUUCGUUGGACACGGAGAGUUGGAUCUGAUGCAGCAGGAAAGCACGAAACAGAAAAUGAUGCUGGAGCGUUUCCAGGAAGAGAAUCCGGGUCUUGACUUCUCGAAUGCCGAGUUUAGUGGUGCAGCGCCCGACCCGAGAACGUUCAUGGGUGGUGUCAAGUACACCUAA